AUGAGAGACUCUGCUCCAGCGGAUGUCAGACUCGAGCUGUGGUCCAGGGGGCGGUCUCAGCUGCGCUGGCUGACCACAAGGCUCUUCUCGAGGGGCCGCUGGCUGCUGCUACUCCUGCUCUGGUUCGGGUCCUGGUUGGUCCUUAACGGUCUCGUCCUGGUCCACAGACACAUAUCCACCGACGUGUGCUCCGACAAACACGGCCCAGAGAUCCUGACGCAGCUGUGCCAGGACUUCUCGUCGGGUCUGGUCUCUGGAGAACUGUGUGUGGACCUCUGUGUUCUGCAUACGCUGCAGUAUCACCGCUGUCUCUACUACGAGAACGGGAAAAAGGUCCUGGAGGCGCGAUGGAGGGGCCAACCUGUGAUCCUCAAGUCCAAACACGAGAACUUCACCUCCUACGAGCCGCUGUCCGCCCUGCAGGACCCGAAUGCCUCAGAAGACCUCUCUCCCCUGGAUGUUGUUUACUAUGCCACUAUGGAGGUGCGCAGCUCUCUGGGUCUGCUGGAGGAGGAUGGGGAGCGUCUGCAGAACGGCUCAGUGUGGGCAGAGUGGCAGCAGCGCGCAGAUCCAAACCGCACGUACACUCGAGCCGAGCUGUCGUCACUGUGGGCGCUGCUGCAGCAGGAGGAGUACACCUUCUUCCGUCUCCUUCAGGACCUCACUCCACAUGUGGCCCGAGUCCUUUCCUCGUGCGGUCACUUCUAUGCCGUGGAGUUCCUGUCGGCUGGACACGCCUGGGACCAGAACCUCUUCUCAUUGGCCGACCCUCCUCAGCCUGUGCUUCCAUUGGCUCAUGGUAGAGGGGGGCGGGACCAUCGCAUCGCACUCAGCUUCCUGGAUCUGGUCUGGCACUUUGACCACGACUUUCACCACAAACUGCACAUGUGCGACGUGAAACCGGAGAACUUCGGGAUACGGGAAGACCUCACGGUGGUGGCUCUGGACGUGGACAUGGUCUUCUUUGAGCCGAAGCUGCAGGAGCUGCUGGAGCAGAACUGCAGCUCUGACGACGACUGCUGCUUCUUCGACUGUUGGUCCCAGUGCGACACACACACGCUCCGGUGCGCCCCCAACAGGAGCAACAGCAACCUGCAGGCAAUCUGUGAGAAGAUCUUUAGACCUUGGUUUUCUCCAUCACUGCUCGGACCAAAAGCAGCACUCCCCUUGCAGGUCGAACUUCAGCGGGCUGUUCAGGAGUGUUCUGAGAUCCACUUAGACCACAGACCAGAGCACAGACCGGACCACAGACCGGACCUCGUGCACAAGAGGCUCGUGCACGCCCUCACGCGGCUGGUGGAGGCUCAGCUCUGA